AUGAACAGGGAAAUAAAGGUACUGACUGAUGAAGCCGAAGGAAAGAAAUUCAAGCUAACAGAUGGUGUUGAUAUUGCUAAAGAUGGGACAAUUUAUUUUACUGAUGCUUCUUACAAAUAUGACUUACAAAAUUACGUACACGACCAUUUGGAAUGCAAACCCCAUGGCAGACUCUUGAGCUUUAAUCCUGAUUCUGGAAUUACCAAAGUUCUUCUUAAAGACCUCUACUUCCCCAAUGGAGUUGUUGUCUCUCCUGAUCAAAACUCACUCAUUUUUUGUGGAACUCGCAUGAAAAGGUGCAGAAAAUAUUGGAUACAGGAUGAUGGGUUUAUUGAUAAUCUACCUGGUUUUCCUGACAAUAUCCCCUCCGAUGGACAAAACAUGUAUUGGAUCGGGAUACCCUCUGUAAGAUUUUCAUACUUUCUUACACUCAUUUCCCUGUAUAGAACCUUGUCAAUGAUGGAUAAAUACAUUAGCCUACACCAUAUACAGAGGAAUGGAGGUAUACUGGGCGUAGAUUUACAAGGAAACCCAACAGUGCAUCUCUAUGAUCCAGCAUUGUCCCUCAUCACAAGCGCGAUACAGGUUGUAGACCAUCUAUACAUAGGCUCUCUACACGAUUCUCGUAUUUCAUCUACACUUCUAGUCCAAAGGGUUCUCAGAUGA